CUUCCAGGAUCUGAGCCAGCUGCAGGAGACUUGGCUGACCGAAGCUCAGGUUCCAGACAGCGAUGAGCAAUUUGUGCCUGACUUUCAUUCAGAAAACUUAGCUUUUCACAGUCCUCCUGCUAAAGUUAAGAAGGAGCCACAGAGUCCCUCUUCGGACCCCGCACUGUCCUGCAGCCAUAAGCAGCCAUUUCGGUACCGCAAUGGCGAGCAGUGCCUUUAUGCCAGGCAGGACAGGAGCUUCCUGAGCCUGCAGGGUCCAUCCCGACCCACUUCCAGCUGUGGCUACCUCAUGGAACACAGCUCCAUCUACCAGCCACCUGUGGAGAUGUGCCAUUCUUUCCCCUCCUCCCAGAGCACGGGCCGAGAAGCCCCAGUUGCCUACCAGCGCCAGAUGUCUGAGCCCUGCCUGCAGUACCCUCAGCAGGGCUUUAAACAGGAGUACCACGACCCAACGUAUGAGCAAGCAAACCAGAUGGGGGGCAGCGGCACCCGCCAGUACCCAGCAGGCUUGGUGAUCAAGCAAGAGCAGACCGACUAUGCAUAUGACUCAGAUGCUGGCUGUCCUUCCAUGUACAUGAACACUGAGGGCUACCGAAGCCAUUCACAUGCUGAAGGGCUGUUAGGAUAUGGCUAUGACAAGCAGAUGAGGACAUUCUCUGAAGAUGUCUGUGUCGUUCCAGAAAAAUUUGAAGCAGGAGACAUCAAGCAGGAAGUCGGCGGGUACCGGGAAGGACCCCCAUACCAGCGGCGGGGUUCUCUCCAGCUUUGGCAGUUCCUGGUGGCUUUACUGGAUGAUCCCACCAACUCCCACUUCAUUGCAUGGACUGGCAGAGGGAUGGAGUUCAAACUCAUCGAGCCAGAAGAGGUAGCCAGGCUUUGGGGCAUCCAAAAGAACCGUCCCGCCAUGAACUACGAUAAGCUGAGCCGGUCCCUUCGCUACUAUUAUGAGAAGGGCAUCAUGCAGAAGGUUGCUGGAGAGCGCUAUGUAUACAAGUUUGUUUGCGAGCCCGAAGCCCUCUUCUCCCUGGCCUUCCCGGACAAUCAGCGGCCUACCCUGAAAGCUGAGUUCGAUCGGCAGGUCAGCGAGGAAGAUACAGUUCCCCUGUCCCACCUGGAUGAGAAUGCUGCAUACAUGCAGGACCUUGGGAGUCUUCCUUCCCAACCUUACAACAAAGGCUACACGUACUAAUACCAUUGGGUCCUUAAUGUAGCCCUUGUGUGUGUAUAUACGGAGAUGUUUGGUUAGUAGUCAGUAUAGGAGCUAUCCUGGACCAGCCUGGGGCUGUACUAGGCUUUAUGAAUAGCUGCAUCAGUCUGGCAGAGAUGCCCAUCCUCAGACAACCAGCCAGCAGCUGAGUCUGUGAAAGGAACUGUCUCCCUUCAUGCAUCCCCAUGACCAGGCCCCUAAACUUGGUGAGGCAGAACUGGUUCUCUCACCAACAGAAAAAACUUCCAGCGGACAGGCAAACGAUGCUGGCAGCAGCAUACAGAGUCUGUGCCAUCUACAGCCAAAGCAUGAUCCUGUCACAUUCCCUGUGACUGUCCUGGAGCUCCAGCUGAGGGGCCUAGGGAAGGAAAUAGGUCCCCCUGGGCUUUGUCUCAGACUUUAUGAUGCUCCAACACUGCUCUUAAUUCUCUUCCCCACAACACACACAGAGCCCCCACCUAACCCCUCCCUCCCCCACAUAAGCAAUGUUCUUACCUGCACUCACACGCAUGCUGGCAAUGGGUGUUCAUUCUAUCUCCAGAUGAGCCACUGGGCGUGGGAGGUUCCCAAUGUCAUGUUCUUCAUAUAGAUGCUUUCUGAGAAUGGGGAAUAUUUGCUCUCCUGUAUGUGCUUGCUCCUGCCUUGGUGCCUCCUUGCUCAUAAUACUUUACACAUGGGCUGUUUUGUGUGCGAAGCCUGAUGUCACUAUGGGAGAGGACUGGCUGCUACUGGCCAUUGUGGUUCUGGGUUGCAGCAUGGCAGCAAAUGCUGCUGUGGGUAAACCAGGAGCCCCCUCAUAUUUCCCCUUCCAGGCUGGCCUGUGGCUCUAAACAUAUGUAACCUCACAGAUUACUAUGAAUUGACACAGUUGGUGAAGCUAAGCCAGAGAGCAACACAGAGAGAUUUGGAGUCCUUGCACUCCAAGCCUGCCUAAGGGCCAUUGUACUCCAAGCUCUAUGACCAAGCUACUUGCUGGCUGCUGAUUCCUCCAGCCCAAGCUGGGCCUGCACAUGGCAGACAGGCUCUUCCAGACUGAACAGCUUCCUCCAAAGUCAUUCUCAGCAGUUUCUACAACUCCUUCAAGUGCUGGUCAGACCUUCCUUACCUGGACAAGGCAGAGAAAUCUUGGGGACUAGAAAAUCAUCUUAACAGCUGGUGGGGGAGGGAGACGGUGAGCCAACUGCUUUACAAAAAAGCAGCACACCCAAGGUCUUAACAUCUGUAUUUAUCCUUUCCAGACAUGCAUGUUUGGGAUAUGGGAAGGGGUGUUCCUAGGGUACUAUCUGAAAAAGGGCUUCACUGGCCAGGGCUGGCCUGCAAUUUUUUGGGGGGGGCCUGCAAAAUAUAGUUUUAGGGGCCCCUGACACAAAGAAGCUGGUGUUGGUGGCAGGGGGUGACAAGCGGCCGAAGAAGCUGCCGCCAGCGGGGGGGCCGGGGGAGGGGGGUGGCAACCAGCUGGACGUGAAGCCUGCAUUGUGGGGGUCGGGGGGAGGGCAAGUCGCCAGACACAGGGGUACCCUUGGCCGCAGGUUUUGCAGGAUAGGAUGGGCCGGCUCUGUCACUGGCCAGGGUAGUACAUGCUGUUUAAUUAAAGUAUGACCUUUGUGAAAGGUGGGGAGAACUUUGUGCUGAGAGGUGCUAACCAGCAUCCCACCCGCACACCCCCAUCGCUGCCUGAGCAUCAGGGCUUUGUGUGCUGCUUCUUGGGCUGAUGUUCAGGCUGGAAAGUACAGAAAGGCUUUGGUCUGCUGGGCAUGGUGAUUUGGAGGGAAAGUUCUGUAUGUUGAGAGGCUGAUCUCCCUUGGGGCCUCCCCCCUGUGCUGCUGGUAGGAAACCCAGCUUUUCCCAUAGUCACAGUAUCUGGAGAGGAAAUUCCCCCUGGCCAAUGGGGUGAUGGGCUCUUCUGUUUUUGAAAUGAUCACCCACCUGCUCCUUUGCUACCCUGCUCUGUGCCUUCUUCUGAAGGACCUGCCUCUCCUUUGGGCCUCAUGGGGCCCACUAACUUUGCAACCACUGGCCUUUAUGCCUCCUGUCCUUCUCAGACAGCAAACAUGCUCUCUCCGGUGCCCCAUGAGUGAAGGUGAAGGAGAGUGUAUCUCAUUGGCAUUAUUGAUUUUUUUAUUAUUUAUGUGUAAAAAAUACUGUACCUAAUAAAUUCAUCUACAUCUUUGGCCAGUGCCCCUUUAUUCAGCUUCUUGACUAUUCCUUCCUUCCCUUUAAGCUUGCUGUGCUUAUUUCCUUGGUAUCAGGUUGCAGCUUUGUGUGAAUAAUUCUGCAAAACAGGAGGUGUGCCUUUACAUUCAGUAUUUGUAUAAGCCAAGGCACAGGCACCAAAAGGGAUCUUGUGCACUCAUGAGCUGUUCAUCUGGGAUCCUUCAUGAUGGUGCAGCAGCCUAGAGGUUCCUGUCCUCUUAUCCCAACAAGUCAGCUUCCACUCUAAGCCCGCAGGAGAGACAAAGGACAAGAUAUAUCACAUUCUCACUGGGAACAUCUACAUGUGCAAUUAAUGUGGAUCAAUAUACUGGAGUUUAUUGCUCCAGAGUUUAUUCAUG